UUUUUAAAAUUAGUACUGCAUCUUUCAUCAGCAGUUGCAGGCAUAUUACAUGGAUUAUAUUUUAAAAAUACACAUUCAUGUCCAACAACAAAAGUAACAUAAAAAUAAUAUUAACACAGAAAAUAAAAACUUGUUCAUCCUCUAAAAUAUCUUAUACAACACAGAGCUGCUACCGAAAGGAACAUCUAUUAAGCUUUGUAAUUGCAGCUUGUUCGUCUUUGCCAAUCCCUGCAUUUCAGAAGGCAAUUGCUGAGCCUGCUGAAAGGAGAUAUGGGGUUGGACAAUGAAAGUUCAGAUAUGUCUAACAUUGAUCUGGGAAGUAAAAACAAGUACAAAAGGAUGGAUGCUGAAGUUGGAGCGCCUGAUAGUGAUUCUUCAAGCAACUAUCAGGAGAAGGAUAUCACAAAGAGUACCAGAAAUUAUGUUAUGGCUUGUGCCUUUUUUGCUUCUGUCAACUCCAUUCUCCUUGGCUACGAUGUUGGUGUGAUGAGCGGAGCAAUCAUAUUUAUCCAGGAAGAAUUGAAGAUAACUGAUGUGCAACAAGAAGUACUAGUAGGAUGUUUAAGCAUUGUUUCACUGAUUGGUAGCCUUGCAGGAGGAAGAACAUCAGAUGCUAUCGGAAGGAAAUGGACGAUGGCUAUAGGAGCAAUCAUAUUUCAAUUAGGAGGUUUAAUAAUGACAAUUGCUUAUUCCUUCCGAAUUCUAAUGGUUGGAAGGCUCCUAUCAGGAAUUGGUAUUGGGUUUGGAGCAACCAUCAUGGGUGUUUACAUAGCUGAGAUAUCACCUGCUAUUUCAAGAGGAUUUCUCACAACAUUCCCUGAGAUCUGCAUUAACAUCGGAAUUCUUCUUGGUUAUGUCUCAAAUUAUGCAUUUUCAGGUCUACCUGCAAAUAUUAACUGGAGGGUAAUGCUUGCUUUAGGGAUUCUUCCUUCUGUAAUAAUAGGCUUUGCACUCUUCAUAAUCCCGGAAUCACCACGAUGGCUUGUUCUUCAGAAUAGAACUGAUGAAGCAAGAACAAUUUUAAUGAACACAAUAGGUGAUGAAAAGGAAGUGGCAGAAAGACUUGAUGAUAUCCUACAAACUGCGAGCAAAGCAAAAUCCAUGAACCUUGAAGAGAAAGCUGUUUGGCGUGAAAUUGUAAGGCCUAGUCCAGCGGUUUAUAAAAUGCUUGCUGCAGGUGUUGGAUUACAAUGUUUCCAGCAAAUUACAGGAAUAGAUGCUUUAGUUUAUUACAGUCCAACGAUUCUUAAGACAGCCGGGAUUGAGGGUAACAGUCAGCUAUUAGCAGCAACAGUUGCUGUAGGAGUUACUAAAACAGCUGCUAUACUAGUUGCUCUUUUCCUAAUUGACAGAGUGGGUAGGAAGCCGUUAUUGUACACGAGCACAAUUGGGAUAACGGUUUGCUUAUUCUGUAUAACACUUAGUUUGCCAUUCAUGGGGAAAGGGCCAGUUGGGAUUGCAUUGGCAAUAUUAUUUAUUUGCGGUGAUGUAGCCUUCUUCUCUGUAGGGAUAGGUCCGAUAUGCUGGGUUUUGACUUCAGAGAUUUAUCCAUUGCGGAUACGAGCUCAAGCAGUUGCUGUUGGUUUUGCAGCUAACAGGGUUUGCAGUGGGCUUGUCAGCUUAUCCUUCUUGUCUCUUUCCAGCGCUAUUUCUGUGCCUGGAACUUUCUUCAUCUUUUCUGCAUUAUCGGCAAUUUCGGUUGUCUUUGUCCAUAAGGUUAUUCCAGAGACAAAAGGAAAGACACUGGAGGAAAUCGAGUGUUUGUUCAAUGAAAAUGAUAGAUUGAAGGAGGGCCACGUAGAGCUUGCAGAUACUGUGCGUUUAGUAUCAUAAACGAUUGCUUCAACUUUUAUCCAUUGAAAGUGUGGUACUUAAUUGUCUACGAGUGCACGUUCGAGUACUAUUGGAGCAAAUAUGCUUGUAGACAGGGAUAUUUUUGAAGUUAUGAGUACUAUUGGAGUAUUGGGUUAGGAUUUAGAAGGGUAACUUAUUGUUUUUGGAAACACAGUGAAAUAGAGAAUUACAGAAGGAAAUAGUAAUGAUAUUUGUAGGAGCAGUUUUGGUCAAUUGUGAAAAGAAAUCACUUGUAUAUUUCAUUAGUGGUACUCCUGUUAAAUCCUUACAGAUGAUCUCACAAGUGCAAUUGUUAUACACUGAGUUGCUUCUCUUUGCAAUAACUCAGAAGACAAGUGAAGAGUUAUGUACUCCUAUAUCAUAAUAAUUGACAAUUUGAUAUAAUUCACUA